AAAAAAAACAAACGGUCGCUCAUCGGAGAACACUCUUCACCAAAUCCCCCUACUCCUCCCCCCAAAACCCUCAUCUCCGAUCACUCUCUCUUUCCCCGGCGGCGGCGCGGCGGCGGCCGAGGAGAAGGGCACCAAACCCACCGGAGAACGGCGAUGGGGCCAACAACAGGAUCCAUCCAAGGAGAAGAAACGAAGGCGAGCGGAGCCAAAGCCGCGGCGGCGGCGGGGGGUGCGGCGGCGCCGCCGCCUCCGCCCCCCGAAGGUCCCAUCCUUGCUCUCCCGGCGGGUUCCGCCGACCCCGCGAUGUACAAGACGAGAAGGACGAAGAAGACGAAGGAGGUGGGGGAGGAAGAGGCGACGACCGAGAAGAAGAGGAAGAAGAGGAGGACGAUGAGGGAGAUAAACGCGGAGAUCGACGGCGCCGGCGACGACGACGGCGACGGAUCAUCGGCGGCGUGGUCGCCGUUAUCGCCGCCCUCCGCCGAUUGCAAGUUCCCGAUGAGCCGGCUGUGGCGCCUCAUCCGGAGCGAGGGCGCCUCCGGCGCCCGCACCACCCCCGACGCCGUAUUCCUCAUCAACAAAGCCUCUGAGAUGUUCUUGGAGAGGUUUGUGGAGGGCGUAUAUCAAAGUGCGGUGAAGGACCGCAAGAAAUCGAUCAGCUAUAGGCAUCUCUCAUCAACUGUAUCCAGUCGGACAAGAUAUGAGUUCCUCUCAGAUUUUGUACCGGAAAAAGUGAAAGCUGAAGCUGCCUUGAAGACCAGGACAUUAGUUGAAACAUAAUAGUUCUAAGGCUUCUGAUACAUUUGCAUCUCAAAUAAAUGGCAAGUUAACUACUAAAGAUGCGGUGCUCCACCACAUGAUUACUGAUAUGGCAAUUGGUUUGGACCAAGGAUUCAAGCUCCAAGCCAUGGGGAUGUUUUGAGCCUUAGCCGGCACUUUAUGGCAUGGGCAUGGUAACUGCAAAGAUUUAGUGUUCGAAAGUGUUGUUGCUUGACAGCCAGUCCCCAGUCUUGUUUAGGAAUGUACUUCCAGUUGUAAUCGGCUCCUAUAUAAUUCCAAUUUACUCUCUUUACGUUGUUAUAGUUUUGUUUGGGCUGUAGUCUUUUAGGAAAGUCAAUAAGUUGGUAACUUAUGUUUUUCUUCUCUCUUUCUGACGUGGGAUCCAUGCAACUUUCUUCA